AGCGCCGCUGCACGGACACAUUUCAGCGACGGAAAGUGUUUGGAGAAGCAGCUUCGGUUUGUUUUGUUUGUUUAAUCGUCGUUUAUUAUAAAUAUAUUCAGAGUUAACAGUAAAGAUGUGGAGGAAAAGCUCGUCUGAGGGCUCUGACCGGUUUGAAUAUCUACAAACUCUGGUCACUGAAUUUCAGGACACCGACAGCGAAGAGGCAAAGGAGCAGGUGCUGGCUAACCUGGCCAACUUUGCGUACGACCCAAAGAACAUGGAGUAUCUGAGGGAGCUGCAAGUGACCGACCUCUUCUUGGACAUGCUCACUGAGGAGAAUGAGAACUUUGUGGAGUUUGGGAUGGGGGGGCUGUGUAACCUGAGUAUGGACCCUGAAUGCAGAGACAACAUCCUACAGAGCAGCGGGAUCAGUUUAGUCACAAACUGUCUGUCAAGCCGGAGGGAAGAGACCGUCCUGUCAGCCAUCACUAUACUAAUGAACCUCACAACGCCCUCAUCGCGCUCUGCGAUCACUGACCCGGCCAUAGUGCAGUGCAUGCUGCGCUUCUCCCUCUCUGAGAGCCCCCGCCUGCGCAACCUGGCCGCUGUGUUCCUGCAGGACUACUGCACCGAGGAGCAGGUGGCCCGAGCGGAGCAGCAGAUGCAGGGACAGCAGACCGCAGUCGGUAUCCCGCUGCCCGAGGACUAAGUUACAGCUGAGGUAUCCAUGUGGGAUAAGUUUUCUCUCUAUGAGAGAGACAUAUUUAGAAAUAUUUAACACAAUAUGACCAACAAUAUAUGAUAUUGUUGAAUACCUCACUCCACAACCAUGGCCGUUAAUCUGCUGCAAUAAGAGCCUCCUUCAGUCUUUCUACCAGAUGUUGAACCUGGCUGCAGGGAUCUGGUUCGGGUUGAGCUCUGUGCAGGCCAGUUAAGUUCUUCCACAUUAAACUGUGAAAACCGUUUUUUUUAAUGGAGCUGGAUCUGAGCACGGGGGCAUUGUCAUGAUGAAACAGGAAAGGGACAAAUGCAAAAUGUUGCCACAAGGUUGGAAGUGAUAUUUUUAUUCUCUAAAAUAUCACAGCAGAAUUAAGAUUUCACAUUCAAUAAGAAGUGUACAUUCCUUUGCCUUUGAAGUGAUUUCCUAAAGCCUGGUGAAGAUGCUGGAGCAUGUCAAAGCCAACUGGUUGACUCUUGCACUCUAUAAAACUCCCAUGUCCUGAAACAUUAAUCCAAACCCCAAAUAUGUAAAAUAAAAAAUCCUAAAUAAACCUCGAGUUUCCUCCGUAAGA